UCAGGUAUGAAAACAUCCCACUCUAUCUGCCUGGCGACCGUAUAUAGAUGGGAAAAGUCUGUCAAAACCAUGAAACAUAGCGGAUCAUUCUGAAUAAAUAUUUCCCGCCACCUCACGAUGCCCAAACUGCUUUUCUCGAAGAUUCGGAUCUACGAGUUCAAGGAUCUCAUUCGGAAUAAGAAACAGCCAAUAACACUGGACGUUCUGUUGAGCAGAAAAAAGCAGAAAAACAAUAUCAGAUGUGUUUUGAUUCAGAAAAAGACUGAAGUCUCUCAUUAUCAACAGGACCGUUUGACACACGGGCCAAAGCUAGCAGAUCUGCUAGAAAAUAGAGACUACCUGGCUGCCUUUCGUUCAUUUCUCCAGUCUGAGUUUAGUGCGGAGAACAUUGAUUUUUGGCUUGCCUGCAGGGAAUAUAAGCAAAUGACUUCAUCUGGCAGUCUCUCUAACAAGGCAGCAGAUAUCUACAAAGAGUUUCUCCAUCCCAUGGCUCAAAAAGAGGUCAACAUCGACCAUCACACUCGUGAGAAGAUCAAGAUAUCCUUGGUGAAGCCUGACCUCACUUGUUUUGAUGAAGCCGAGAUGCAUAUAUACAGACUGAUGGAGAAAGACUCCUGCCCACGGUUCCUCAAAUCUGAGGCCUAUCAGAACCUGAGGAACACAGCCAGGAAACCAAUGUAGACCUAUACUGUACCAAUGACAACUAUUUCACUGGAAAAAGGUUUCUUAAUGAACCAGCGCACAGAAAGAGGACAUAUGCACGUGGUUUAGAGGAAAUGACUGAGGAGAACAGAAAGUGUAUGUGGUAUGCUCAACUUCAUUGGUUUUGAGUGAUAAGAUGAAUGAGAAAAAAUAAAAAUGUCACACAGGAAAUGAUCUAGAAUGAAGGUAUAUUACAUGGUUUCCACUGUUAUUUGACAGAUGGGCUGUUUUGUUUUAUGAAAUGGGUGUUUUCUAUAAAAGUUUUUUACAGUUAGUUGAGACCAAAUA